UUUUAUGGUUUUUCAGAAGCAUUUUUCAAACCAAGACGAUUUUAUUACUAUUACAAACGGAAUGACUUUUAUAGAUUUUAUAAAAAAUUUUAAACGAUGGUGCGACAUAAAACAUUGAAAAGGUUUACCCCUAAAGCCAACAGUUCUAAGGCAAUCCACUCUGAACAAUCUAAUCGCCGGAAAAUCCAUAUGGAUUCAUUAGAAUGUAAGAGUAAAUUCUGCCAGUGUUGGAAAGAUGAUAAAGAUAGCAAACUACCAAAUGCUGAAACAAUCACCGCAAAAUUACAAGUUAACAAAAUGAAAAAAGAAGUGGUCCCAAAAUUCAAUAAUGCCACACAGAAUGUGGUAGCCUUACUUUCAAGUAAUAACCCCAGUGAGGUAUUAAGAGAAUUGUUAACUUCCGGCUGGGACAUAAAUGAGAAGAGUGUAAUUGAUGGUGCAACAGCUCUGGCGGAAGCCAUUGCACACAAACGUUUUGAUGUGGUCAAAUGUUUGAUCACUAAUGGGGCCGAUAUUUCUAUCAGAGAUGAUUAUGGAAAAACAGCCCUUAUGAAAGCUAUCAUGGUUAAAGACUCGAAUAUUUUUCAUAUCAUCUGGCAACAUAGAAAUGACAGCAUAAGUUUACUUGAAACAGACCUUCAAGGCAAAACACUUCUUCAUUUAGCAGUUGAAGUACAGUGGGAGAAAUGUGUCUUGUUAUUGAUCAAUAAUGGUGCUUCAGUGAACUCAUGUGACAAUGAAGGAAAGAUACCUCUAAUGUUGGCUGCUUCACAAGGACAUAACAGAAUUGUUGAACAACUUAUUCUUGCUGGAAGUAAUAUAUUGACUGCAGAUAAGUAUGAAGAGACAUCCAUCUGUCAUGCCUACCAGUCAUUAAUGUGGUGUACAGCUCAGCAAAUGCUUAAUAGACUCACAGCUAAUGAGUGUAGACAGUAUGUGAAGAGUCUGCUGGAGAAAAUUCGUUCUCCAAAGGAGUGCACUGAAGCUGAAAAAAUUGAAUAUUAUGGUUGGAUUCUUCUGUGUUUGAUGGCAACUGCUCAACUAGUUGAGAAAGAUGCAUACAUUAUGAAAGUUUAUUACAAACUAAAAGUGAUAGCUAAUGUGCUCAGCAGCCUGCAAAUGUUCAUCAAUAAAUGUGAAACAGUGACUUUUAUCAGCCUCUUAUGUGUCAACUGUUGUCUUACUUUUAAUUUUGUGUCUUGUCAACUAGAAAUUACCUACCGUUUUGUUCUGCAAUUUCUCCAUGCUGGUGGGCCAGAAUUCUUUCUUAAGGCAGCUACUUUUCACCAAAAAGAUGGAAAUAAAAAUUACUUUUGUUCAACAGCAUGUCUCCUUCCAAUAUUAUUUUUGUCUGAAGUAAAUUCAGGAAAGGAGUGGCUUAGAAAUAAUGUCAUGAGAUUGCUUCCAUUAGUGCAAAGUUUCCAAGAUUGUUGUCUGGAAAACUGCUUUUUGAUGUUCACUAUAAAAUUGUCUGGUAAAGGAUCUCAGUCAAUCCAUAAAAAGAUCUGGACACAUUUUAUAGAAUACUUCAAUACAAUAGCAUAUGAAAAACAACAAGAGACUAUUGCACAGCUGUUGGGUGAUGAAAUACGGUUGAACAAAAAAAAAGAAAAGAAAUUGGUGAAGAAACAAUUAAAGAGAAAACAUCACCCACAACAAUCUCAACAGGCAUAUGAAAAUCCUCUCUCUGAGGCCAAUAAUGAUGCUGUGACAAAUAAUACAAAUAAAGGUUCUUCAGAUUCUAUUUUUAAAGCUGUAGAGCAAGAAGUGCAUGACUCGAAUUUAGGAAAGCUCAGAGUUGAUAAUACAUCUGACCAGUCACUUUUGUCACCAACUGAAUUGAGCAGAAAAGCAUGCAAAAAAAUGUUACUUAUGAACUCAGUGUCUAAAAACUCACAUGAUGUAUUUCCAUCUCCAAAUGGAAAUAGUUUGGACACUAUUUGUGAAAAAUCAGUUGAAAGUAAAAAAACUGUCUCUGAAGAUUUGCUUUCUAAAUCUUACAAUGAAGUGGAACACAAUACAAAUGUAAAUAGAGAUUGCUAUUCAAUAGAUGAAGAUUUAGGUGCACAGUGGACAACAGUGGUUGCCAAGAAAUCUACUUGUAAAUAUGAAAAUCGAACCAAACAUGGAAUGAAAACAGAAGUAAAAAUUCCUGAAAAAAUAGAUAAUAAUUCCAGAAAAUCUUCAAGUUAUCCAAUUACAAAACAUUAUGUAAAUGAAGGGGCAGUUAAAGUAGACAGUACUUUAGGGUCCAAUUUUAGGACUCAGAAUAAUAAAACUGCUUUAAAUGCUACUUCAGAAAAUCGCAACAUACCUGUGGAAAGUGAUAAAAUUACUCCAAGAAAAAAUUUUCUUUGUCCUACUUAUUCUACAAAUAUACCCCAAGAUUUAAAUAAACAAAAAAUUCAGGCAACACAAGUCCCUUCUUCUUCAGAAUCUCCUGAAAAGUACAAAGCAAAACCUGUGAGUGGAAGGAGAAAUUCUAUAAAUUCUACGCCAUCCCCUUAUCCAUACUUUUCUAAGAAAAACAAAUCAAAUUUGGUUACAAAACAGAACGUUAACUGUACAUAUAGCUCAGUUUUCGAUUCUCAACAUAAAACAGGAAAAAUAAGCCUUGAAGAAUUACUGAUAGCUAAGAUUGAAUCUUAUUGCAAAAGUGAGGAUAAUUUGGUCGACAACAACUAUGCAUCACUUGAAACAAAACCAGAAACCUCAGUGGCAAAUACUCAUAUUACUAAUCCAAGUAAAGAAUCUAAUGUAGGUUUGCCAUUUUUCAUGCCUUCCAUACAUUUUGAAUCAGAGAAAGACUGGAAACCAGCUAGAAUUAAUAAGAAAUCUUUACAGACUGAUGUCCAAAAAGAUAGGCCAGAAGUAAUGAAAGUUGUAACUCCUAGGCAAGUUUUACCAAAUAAAACAUUAAAAAAAUCAGAUGCUCUAGAAACACAAGUCUUUCUGGAUAAAAAACACACACAAGUCAUUCAUAAUGCACCAGCUGUAGAUAACAAGCCAGAUGUAAAUAGAACAGAUGUAAAUUUUAAACCAGAUGUAAAUUUUGAACCAAAUGUAAAUAUUACACCAGAUGUUAUAACAACACUUGUAGAUGUUAGACCAGUUGCUAUAACAACACUUGUAGAUGUUACACCAGUUGCUAUAACAACACUUGUAGAUGUUACACCAGUUGCUAUAACAACACAUGUAGAUGUUGCACUAGAUGCAGAUACUAAACCAGAUGUAGGUAUUACACCAAAUGUAGAUGUACCAGAUGAUGAUGAUACAGCUGUUAUAGAUACUAUAUCAGAUUUAGAUGUGACAGAAGACUUAGAUGAUGCACCAGAUUUAGGUGCUAUGCCAGAUUUAGAUGUUACACAAGAGUUAGAUAAUGCAGCAGAAUUAGAUGUUACGCCAGAUGUUGAAUCUAUUUCAAAUUACACAACCACACAAAAUAUACAAAGUGUUCACAUUUCAAGAAACCAUGAAUUUGUAAAUUCAGCAACAAAAUCUCAAGAUAUCUCAACAAAUAAAGAAAAUUAUUUACAAAUGGAAGAUGAUGACCUUGAUAACAAAGAAUAUUUUAAAAUUAGACAGAAAAAAGAGGAUUUUACAAACAAUUCUCUUUCAAAAGAGUUGAAACUUGCAGAGAGGGCACAGUCAGUAAAUUCACAUUUCUUCCAAGACCUUUUACUUCCAGUUCAACAAAAAGGUGAUGAAAAGUAUGAGCAAAAGAAUGACAAAGUAUCUAAAAGUAUUGAAAAAAGUAUGGAAAGGGCUUUUUCUUUUAAAACUCCUAAACAAUACACAGAAAGUGAUAAAGAAAUUUGCCUGAAGAAAACAGAGACCAAACGAUAUCAUAUGGCUAGAUUUAGUAAAGAUCCAGUUUGCCUUAACCUCUCGUCUGUUAGAAGCAGCCCAGCCUUCCGAGAUAUACAAUUAACAUGGAUGCGUCAGUAUCUACAACAGCUUUGUCAAAACUCUAUUACCAGAGACUUGGUCUAUAAUCACAAUGCCUUUUACUACAUGACAUAUUUCAGUCAGAAAGAAAAAGACAGCCUCAUGUCUGAUUUCCCGGAAAUAUUCUCUUCAAAUGUAUCCACAGGAUAUCACAUCAGUUACCACUUAACAAAGACAUCCAUGAAAGAGGACAAUAAAGAUAACACUUUGAAGCAAAAAUUAAACAUUCCAAUGUUUUUAAAGCAACCAACAAUAUUCAGUGACAUUAAGAAGUCUUUUAUUCCAUUUGAAAAGCACCAGAAGUCUGUACGUUGGCAAAAGCAUCUGAACCAUCUACUUCAGCUUUCCCCUAGAAACCUGUGUUAUGUUGAAGAUGUUAUUUUACCACUGUAUAUCAGAAACUAUAACAUCAAUGUAAGGGGAAAUCAUUUUGUUGUCGUGGGACUUCUCUCUGAUGGAACUGAGCUAGCUGUCAAGCUUUAUCGAGCAAAUGAAUGCCCUGUAGUGUGUGGUGCCCUCAGGAAACUUUCACAAGUAAGCCUGGAUUCCAGGUUUGUGGUGAAUUAUAAAUCUGUGAUGGUUGGCCAGAAAUUCUUCCUGGCGACUAUGAACCUGUGUGAAUGCAACCUGAAAGAAUACAUUGAUUGGAAAAAAUUCUCCAAUAGGUUUGAUCUCAACACGGCCUCUUACCUCUUCUGGCACAUGGUCAGCAGUCUGAAAUAUUUGCAUGACAAUAAUAUUGUACAUGGUCGACUUGAGCCCAAAAAUAUUCUCAUAACUGUAUAUGGGAAACUUCUUCUGAGCAAUUAUGGCUUUCAUUCUUCAUGGAUUCAUGGACCUGACUGUCAGAACUGUAAUUUCUUCAUGUCUGAUAGUCAGAAAUGCUGGCAACCAUCAGAAUUUCUUCGAUCAUGUGAUGGCCAAAAGUUUUCAAUAAAAUCUGAUAUACAGGUUGCUGGUAUGGUUGCUUAUUUCAUACUGAGUGGAGGCCAUCACCCAUUUGGUAAAUCUUCUUCAGAAAUACCACUCAAUAUCAUUUUGCAUGAAAAGCAGUUAUGCAACCUAAGUUUGGAAGCAAGUGACAUUAUAACAAUGAUGUUAUCAGCAAUUCCUGAUGAAAGGCCAACUGCAAGUGAAGUAUUAAAGCAUCCUUACUUUUGGUCAAAUCAGCGGAAACUUCAGUUCUUGUUAACUGUUGGAAGUGAUAUCCUAAAUGCUUUGAUGUUACAAAAAAACUACAACACUGAAGCCAGCAUCAUAUACUGUCUGAGCAUUUGUGACACAAUUGGAUAUUUUAAGAAUUGGAUGUCACUUAUUGAUAAGAUCAUCUUAGAAGAAUUACAGAAAAUCAGACCAAUAAGGAAUUCAGUGAUUGAACUGGUGAUCUUCUUAUACAACACCUGUAUUUUGUAUAAACAAAUGAGUCAAGAAGUCAAAGAUAUCCUGGGUGAACCUUUCAAUUAUUUUCUUAAAAAAUUUCCCAAGUUAUUUCAAGUAAUUUUUCAUGUGAUUGGAAAAUCGAACCAUAGACGUCGAAACAUCUACAGGAUAUUUUAUUAAUUAAAUUACAAGGAUUAUAUUUCCUCUAUUUUAUAUGCAUAUUUACACUCUAUAUAAUCAAAAGAACGAGAAAGAACAAUCGUGAGAAAAAAAUUUUAUGGAAAAUUAUUAAAAAUUAUAUAAAA